UGCGAGCGCACUUCCGCCGCGUAGCAUUAGCUUGUAGCGAUGGCUGCAGACAAGCAGAACGAAGUCAAAGUUUCUCUUGCAGAAGAAAAUAAGGAAAAUCUACUAGAUGGGGGAGUUGGUUUGGAAAUCUUACAAAUUAUCAAGGAGUCCCAGCAACAGCAUGGCCUGAGACAUGGAGAUUACCAAAGAUACAGGGGCUACUGCUCCCGUAGGCUGCGUCGCCUACGUAARACUCUUGGCUUCAAGAUGGGCAACCGGCACAAGUUUGUUGGAAAGAAAGUCACUGUGGAAAUGCUUUCUGACAGCAGGUAUCUUUUACUGGUUUUGAUGGAAGCAGAGCGUGCCUGGAGCUACGCCAUGCAGCUGAAACAAGAGGCCAACACAGAGCCCAGGAAGCGUUUCCACCUUCUCGCUCGAUUACGCAAAGCUGCCAAACACAGCGAGAAGCUGGAGAAGCUCUGCGAGAGCCCCUGUGUCGACGCUAAGACCAAACUGGAGGCUCAGGCCUACACUGCGUACCUGACUGGGAUGGUGGAUUUUGAGCUGCAGGAGUGGAAACUUGCCAUGGAGGCCUUCAACAAGUGCAAGACCAUUUAUGAGAAACUGGCUAGUGCGUUCACUGAGGACCUGGCUGUUCUGUAUCGUCAGCGCGUGGACGAGAUCUCACCCAACAUCCGCUACUGUGCUUAYAACAUCGGUGACCAGAAUGCCAUCAAUGACUUGAUGCAGAUGAGGCUGACUGGAGGAGGAGGGGGCAUGAUGGCUGAGAAACUAGAGGCCCUGAUCACUCAGGCACGAACGAAGCAGGCAGCCACGAUGAGCGAGGUGGAGUGGCGAGGACGAACAGUUCCUGUGAAGAUUGACAAGGCUCGCAUUUUCCUGCUGGGUCUGGCAGACAACGAGGCGGCCAUCGCUCAGGCAGCUAAUGAGGAAACCAAAGAGCAUCUGUACGAGACUCUGCUGGCCGAGUGCAGAGACACCAUCCAGGCUGUGAGAGAGGAGCUGAAGAAUGAGGCGAAACWGCGAGACCGGAGCUCUGAUAACGACGGUGGGAAGGUGUCCAACCUGCAGUACCUGCACAGUUACCUGACCUACAUCAAGCUGUGCACGCUGGUGAAGAGAAACGAAAGCAUGGCUCACACUCUGCAGGCCAAACUGAAGGAGACCGAGGUGGAYGAGAACAAGAGGGGGCCGCGUCCGCAGGAUCUCAUUCGACUCUACGACAUCAUCCUGCAGAGUCUGGCUGAGCUCUCCACUCUGCAGGGGCUGGAGGAUGACCACACCUUCCAGAAGGAGGUGUCCCUCAAGACUCUGGUCUACAAGGCCUACAGGUGUUUCUUUAUAGCUCAGUCUUAUGUUCUGGUGAAGAAGUGGAGCGAGGCGCUGGUGUUGUAUGAGAGGGUGCUGAAGUACGCUAAGGAGGUSCAGUCCAAAGCAAAGAGUCUUAACAACAGCCUCAAGGACCUCCCUGACGUCCAGGAGCUCAUUGCUGAGGUCAAUGCUGAGAAAUACUCGCUUCAAGCCGCUGCCAUUUUAGACACUGAUGAGCCUCCUGAAGUUUCCUCUCAGCAGCAGGUGAAAGACAACACGCCUCUGUGCGACCACCUGGACACCUUCCGUCUGGACACCGCCCUCGUGGGAAAGCAGCCCAACCUGGUCCAGUUCCCCCCCGACUUCCAGCCCAUCCCCUGCAAGCCUCUGUUCUUCGACCUGGCCCUGAACCACGCCACCUUCCCGCCGCUGGACGACAAGGUGGAGCAGAAGGGCAAGGGCGGCCUGACCGGCUACAUCAAAGGCAUCUUCGGCUUCGGCAGCUAAASCCGAAGACGAGUCGCUCCAGAGAAACCACGCCUGCGCCCCCUCACACUCGGUCCAUUUGUCAGCUGGAGCUCCACUUAUCAUUUGUAGUGCCUGAUCGGACGAGUCUGAGUUGAAUUGGAGGUCUGAGAAAAGAUUAUAGAAAAAUAAAUUUAAUAAUUUUUAAGUAGCGAUGAGCAAGCACACAGAAAUCAACCUCUCAGAUUUCACAGGUCAUCACAUCUACUCAGUAAUCUCAGAAUCCAGUUGUGUUUCUGAAGCCUGAAAGUCAAGGGAAGCAGGGAAACGUGACAAAAUAAAGUCAAAAGCGAGUUAUCUCGGUGAGUUUUGGUUUCCUUUUUAAUUAUUUUGCAAGAUCAUUAAGUUUUAGUUGGAAAUCUAAUUAACUGCCAUGUUUGUUUGUUUGCAUAUGUUUAUUUGACGUUUACUGUCCCAUCAGACGGGGUUCCCUCACACUGAAGGAACUGAUUCAUCUUUGUCAUUUUAUCUCAUGUUCUCAGCUUCUGUUUGGGUUUUAGCUGCAGAAAUCAGCAGCGGACUUGAACCGUUGAGCUCUGAGCAGCUUUUCAUUCAUCGCACCGCCACGCCUGUUCGUACGCUMAGAGGAAGGAAAAUGUUUUUUACAAAUGAAAAGUUUGUGGAAACUGCAUUGUUACAAAUGACUUGUUGUAUUUUCACACCGGUUCUCAUUUCUGUUCAUUACUGAUGGACCAGUUUAACGCAGCUGAAACUGUUUCAUUUUAUUUGACUUGUUUGUUUCUUUAUAAUGCAUCUGUUAAAGAAUCAAGAUGGAUGUUCUGUUAUUCUGAAACARUGUUAGUGUCUGUAAUUGUUCUGGAGGGGGAAAAAUCAAUUUCUGGACAUGAAGCUAGGAGUGUACGAUCAUUUAGUCUCCAGGUUUGUCAUUAAUAAACAUUUGCACCAACUCGUC